CUGCCCGAAACCAUGAAUUAAAAUAUAACGUAGGCCUGUGCUCCUGUUUACAACGUCUUUUUAAGACAUUCAAACUGGUUUCGUAUGCUACAUUGGGCUUUGGGCAAUGGAAGAAAUAACUGUAUACGAAUUAGUUUAUUCAGUAGGUUAUGUGUAGGUAAAUGUCUAUUCGUGUCUACACAUCUGGCUGACAGGGCCCCACCAUCCAAGUAUUUGCCUAGUGCCCCUCGAUGGCUGCAGGGUCCUAUAAAGACCAGAUUAGUCCUUAGUUUGCACGCCUUUAUGUUCCAAACAAAUCGUUCUUUAUUUUGUUAACUAAAAUACAUUUACAUAAAAAAGAAGUGAAGGUAGUUCGUUUAGUAUCCUUAAAUCGUAUUAGUCAAUGUAUUGGUAUAUUUAGGUUACCUACAUGAGGGGUGAAGGCUAUCACUUUUUUUCUCCUAAGGAUAAGGUCAGGUUUUUCAUUCCAUGUUUCAGUCUCAACAUGUCAGGUUCCUGAGGGUGGACUUGAAUUAACGGAUUUAACUGGCCGUACAAAAAGCGCCCAGAGCGCUGGCGCUCAGGCACAAACUAGCCUACUCCUCCGUUGCCCUGCUGUUAAUGGGACAGACGAAUAGGGACAGACGAAUACAACUCUAGGCCUUAAAUGUUGUCAGUCACAGUGCUUCAACCAAAAUAAUUCAGGGGGGGGGGGGGUAUCGCCAGACCCGAGCUUCGUCAGGCUUAUACACAAAUAAAGAGUAGCUUGCAGGGAAGUUUUUAUUACGUGGUAGUUAGACGGCGUUAAGACCCAGGGAAACAUUUCAACCCCCAAAUCAUCACAGCCGCCCGACUCCUGUUAAAACUGAAGAAAGAUCCAGUAGACUUUUCCGUCCCCUCCUCCCGACCCAUUCACAUCGGGCCAAGGCGCUGCAUACGUGCAGACGGACAUGAACCCCUACAACUAAAACCUGGAUAGUUGGCUACAAAAGGCUAUUUUUAAUGGUCGGGGGAAAGGACAGUCGAGGAGCUAACCUGUAACCGAUAACAUGGCCUCUCAGACCCACAGGUCAAGAGAAAUCUUUCUAUCUGUUUGCUUAUGGACGGUUUUAAUUGCUUCGGUACCGGUCCAAGCCCAAUAUGAGAAGUACAGCUUUAAGAGUUUUCCACAGUCGGAUUUGAUGCCACUGGAGUCGGCAUAUGGAUACGCACUGGACCAGUAUGGCGUUCAGAACUGGAAGGAGAGUAUAAAGUAUCUGGAAUUAAGUUUACGGCUGCACAGACUUCUGAAGGACAGCGAGGCUUUCUGUAGCCAAAACUGCAGUCAGGUCAGCAGGGACCAUGACGAGCUCUUUCAGGAUACCAGUCUUCGGAUAAUGCGCCACUUUCUUUUGCGGGCAUCCUGCCUGAAAGACUGCAAGAAGAACUUCCCGGUGUUUUCAGUAGCUUAUCCAAAGAGAGAGACCCUAGAUGCUUUCGAAAGAAGGGAGCCAUACCGGUACAUGCAGUAUGGGUUUUUCCAGUUGAAUUACCUGGAGAAGGCGGUGUCAGCCUCUCACACGUUCCUGCAGAGGAACCCUGGGGACCCUCUUCUCGCCAAGAACAUGAACUACUACAAGAGCCUCUUCGAUGUGGAGGAGUACCUCAUCGACCAUGAAGAGAAACUCUACGAGGGUGCCUUUUUAAAAGCUGUGAAGUUGUUCAACACUGGGGAUUUCAGUACCAGUGCGUUGAACAUGGAGCAGGCAGCCACCGAGUAUUUCAAGACCUUUGACCUCUGCCAAGCGGCCUGUGAGGGGUCAUACGAGGUCACGGAGUUCAAGGAUUUCUACCCCACCUUGGCAGAUCUGUACGUGGAUAUGUUGAAGUGCAAGGUGAAGUGUGAGGGCAAUCUCACACCCAACGUCGGGGGCUUUUUUGUCGAGAAGUUUGUCGCCACCAUGUAUCACUACAUGCAGUUUGCCUAUUAUAAAUUGAAUGACGUGCGCAGUGCAGCUCCAUGUGCUGCCAGCUACAUGCUCUUUGACCCUUCUGAUGAAGUGAUGCAGAAGAAUAUGGUCUACUACAAGUUCUACAGAGAGCAGUGGGGCCUGGAGGAAGACCACUUUAAACCACGGCCAGAGGCUGUACGGUACUUCAAUCAGACAACCAAACAGAAGGAAAUGCUGGCGUUCGCACAAAACUAUCUGCAGACAGACGACGAGGACCUAGUGAGCCCAGAGGAGCAGGUGUCUGGGCCUCCGUCCCCACCUGAUGAGGAGUUUGAGGGGAUGGGGGAUUACGAGGAGUCCUUCAUGGCCGAGUGGUGGCAGGAGCCCAAAACAAAAGGGGACAAUGGGGAGACAGAAGCGUAGCACCAACACACACACACACACACACACACACACACACACACACACACACACACACACACACACAC